CUGCGCCUGCGCCUUGGGAAUCGAGGCUGGCGUAUUCUCCAAUCCCCUCGCUGGAAGACUUCACUAUUCUCCUCCCUGUGGGUGGAGCGAAGUUUGGGCACUUGGGUCCUACCGUUGUUAUUAGUCUUUAGUCGUAAUUAAUAUUAAAUAACAAAAUUAAAUGGGUUUAUUUUUCGUGAAAAGUUAAUUCUCCUUGUUUUUGGCUUUGCCCCUCAUGCACCAAAUGGUACAGUCCCACACCAGCCAGCUUCCCUACCCAACACCCCUGACGCCUGCGACGGAGAGGCGCCUUCCGUGCUGUCGUCAUCACGUCGGCCGGAGCUAGCGCUGCGUCCUGGGCCACGCCUCCCGGCGCAACGCCGCUCCUCCCCGGUUACUAAGCGGCCUUGGAUACCUGGCCGCGGGAUGCUGGGCGGCGUCAGGUGACCGGUGGUCGCUGGGCGUCAGGUAACCAUGGAGAAAGAGCUGCGGAGCACCAUUGUUUUCAAUGCCUACAAAAAGGAGAUAUUUACCACCAACAACGGCUAUAAAUCCAUGCAGAAAAAACUUCGGAGUAAUUGGAAGAUUCAGAGCUUAAAAGAUGAAAUCACAUCUGAGAAGUUAAAUGGAGUGAAACUGUGGAUUACAGCUGGACCAAGGGAAAAAUUUACUGCAGCUGAGUUUGAAAUCCUGAAGAAAUAUCUUGACAGCGGUGGAGAUGUCCUUGUGAUGCUAGGAGAAGGUGGAGAAUCCAGAUUUGACACCAAUAUUAACUUUUUACUGGAAGAAUAUGGAAUCAUGGUUAAUAAUGAUGCUGUGGUUAGAAAUGUAUAUCACAAAUAUUUCCAUCCUAAAGAAGCUCUAGUUUCCAGUGGAGUCUUGAACAGGGAAAUUAGCCGAGCUGCAGGAAAGGCUGUGCCUGGGAUCAUUGAUGAGGAAAGCAGUGGAAACAAUGCCCAGGCUCUCACCUUUGUGUAUCCUUUUGGUGCCACAUUGAGUGUCAUGAAACCAGCAGUGGCUGUUCUGUCUACAGGUUCUGUCUGCUUCCCACUUAACAGACCCAUUCUGGCUUUCUAUCACUCAAAGAGACAGGGACUCGCUCUGUUUCCCAGGCUGGAGUGCAGUGGUGCAGUCAUAGCUCAUUGUAACCUCGAGCUCCUGGGCUCAAGUGAUUCUUCUGCCCCAGCUUCCCAAGUAGCUAGGACUACAGAACCAAGGUGGGAAGCUGGCAGUGCUUGGUUCAUGUCACAUGUUCAGUGAUCAAUAUUUGGACAAAGAAGAAAACAGCAAAAUCAUGGAUGUUGUUUUCCAGUGGCUCACAACAGGAGACAUCCACCUAAACCAGAUUGAUGCCGAAGACCCAGAGAUUUCUGAUUACAUGAUGCUGCCCUACACAGCCACCCUAUCAAAGCGGAAUCGAGAGUGUCUCCAGGAGAGCGAUGAGAUCCCGAGGGACUUUACCACCCUCUUUGACCUGUCCAUCUUCCAGCUGGAUACCACCUCCUUCCACAGUGUCAUCGAGGCUCACGAGCAGCUAAAUGUGAAGCAUGAACCGCUCCAGCUCAUCCAGCCUCAGUUUGAGACGCCUCUGCCAACCCUUCAGCCUGCGGUUUUUCCUCCCAGCUUCCGGGAGUUACCACCUCCACCUCUGGAGCUAUUUGAUUUAGAUGAAACAUUCUCCUCUGAGAAGGCACGGCUGGCUCAGAUUACCAAUAAGUGUACUGAAGAAGACCUGGAAUUCUAUGUCAGGAAGUGUGGUGACAUUCUUGGAGUAACCAGUAAACUACCAAAGGACCAACAGGAUGCCAAACAUAUCCUUGAACACGUCUUCUUCCAAGUGGUGGAGUUCAAGAAAUUGAACCAGGAACAUGACAUCGAUACAAGUGAAACAGCAUUCCAGAACAAUUUCUGAAGACCAUGCCUCUUGAAGCUUUUUCUGCCUCCUGAUUCUCUCUUUAUAAACUAUUUUCAAAUUGUUCCUCAACUUCUUAUCAAAAUUGUUUAUACACUCUUUCCUCCAUGAGCUAUGAAAGGUAUAUGCAUCUUCUAUAAUACCCAGAUAGGUAUAAGAUUUUUCACAAAGUCCUUAUGUAAGAUACAUUCCAUUUUUAAAAAUUAAAUGUAUGGUUGCAUCUGUCUUUUUAUACCCUAUGAAA